AGUCAGACUCUGGAUGACGCCCGGCACGAGAUCCAGGAGCUAAAUCAGAGCCUCAAUUCCAGCAUGUCCCUCAGGGAGCAGACCAUCGCGGAGGAGAAUCCUGAGCGAUCAGAUGGGUCUAUCAACAGACAAAGUUUCUCGAAGCGCAAUAAAAGCUUCCACAAACAGUUUCCGGAGAUUCCCGAGGAGGAGAAGCUGACACACACGUUCACCUGUGCCUUGCAGAAGGAGGUGCUGUAUCAUGGAAAACUCUUUGUUUCCGAGAACCAUGUGUGCUUUCACUCCUCUGUGCUGCUCAAAGAAACCAAGGUGGUGGUCGCUCUUUCCAGCGUGAGGGAGGUGAAGAAACACAACUCGGCCCUGUCGGUGCUGUCUAUUCAGUCUGUCGAUGGAGAGAAGUAUUCAUUUGUGUCUCUGAGGAACCGGGAGAUGUGUUACAAACUCCUCCACAGCAUCUGCUCACAUGUGCAGGGGGAAAGUGCAAACAGCAGCCCUCAUCUCUCCUCUGCAGAGAAUGAAGCUGAUCAUGAUGCGGCGUCCACCAGCUUUUCCAGCUUGGAGGACAGCGGAGAUCAGGAUUUCAGCAACGUCGAUAUUGACAACAGCUUUCUUCAGAUGUCCAGUGAAGGUCCGACUAGAAGCAACUCCAUUCGCCACAGCAGCUUGAUAGAUGAAGACUACAAAGAUGUAUGGUGGAUUUGGAGGGCAACUGACAGAGUCACACCGUUUUUCUUCCUCAAAGGAAGCAGGAAUCUCAGCGUUUUCUUCUACGUCUUCAUCCUGCUACUGGUGUUGCUCCUGUUGGCGUCUGGGUACAUCGGGCUAAGGAUCAUAGCCCUGGAGGAGCAGCUGAACUCUUUGGGAGCCUUGAACGAUUUGUCUUCAUACCACAGAGAGUACUAAGAGAAUAAAGCAGUGGCUGUACACCUCUGUUGAGAUCCUUCUGUGUACUGAUCCAUAGCAAGACACUCUGGCAAACCGAGACUCCGUCCAUCCUGCAUACAUCUUCCACUGAAAGGUUUUGACCAAACAAAUAUCCAAUAUUGCACACAGCAAGUCCCCUCGCAGUAUAAAAUGAAACCCCUUGUGUCAGCACGAUGUUCUACAGGGAAUGCAGGUCAGCACGAAGAUGCUGUUGGGAUGUCAGAACCAGGCCACACGUGGUGAACUACAUGGAUGAGUGAUUGUGCUGGCAGAGAGUCAUCAGGACAAUAUUUUCUAUUCGGAGCACAUUGAUUCUCUGCUGACUGAUCAAAAAAAACUGAAGGGAGGCUCUCCUGCACAGUGCCAUAUGGAGGCAGCCUGCUGAAGCCAUGUUUAUUUCCUGGCCGGUGAACAGCUGAGCUCAGCUAGCAGAAGUUGCUGGCGUCUUGGCUGUCGUUUUCUUGGAUCAACACAGUCUGCAACAGCGAGGACAUGCUGGAGUCGAUCUUAACGAGAUUACGAAAGAAGCACUUUGUCUUUGGUUUUAAAUUAUUUUUAUAUAUUGAAUUUAAGGGUUCAUGUUGUAUCAGGUAACUGCUGGAAUGUGGGUGCAUGCUUUAGAAAAAGAAAAAAAAAGACUGUUAGUGACAGUAAUCAGCCAGCAGAGGGCAGUCACUCCUAUUAAACUCAAGGCAGGGUUUGGUUCAACUGCACUUAACUGGAUAUGUAAAUUAAAUUCAGCCACUGAAAUUGUUUUAAAAUAUAAAUGUUAUGAAACUGUUACUGCUGACCUUUUGCCCUAACAAUAAAUAUUUUAAUAACUCAUAAUGUC